GGUUUGCAAAAAUACAGAUGGCUCGAUCGAAAUCCGUGAAACCCCGGCUAAUUAGUUUUAAUUAAAUAAACAAUAGUUGGACUGACAGUACUGGAGUAAACAACGAGUGUGUGAUGAGGCUUUAGCGUACGAUAUUCUCCUCCCUUUAAUUUCCUUUUGGUUUAACGGAUAAUGUUGAAAGAAGAAGUUGAAACAAGCACGCCGAGAAAUGGUGAUAACUCGCACACGACUAUACCGGAUUCAAAAAGUAACGACGUGGCCAAAGAGUCGCAUCAGAAGGUCGUGAUAAAAGAGAGACUAACCAGCAAGAUGUUCUCAUACGCUAGAAAAAUUAUUCAUUUUUUCCUUGCAAUUAUCUUGACCUUAGCUGCACUCCAUAGUUCUGCUCCGAAGGUAUCAAAGCCUCCAUUAGCUAAACCAUUUUUUAAUCAAAGUUCAAUUGUCUUAGAUUUUUAUAAAGGACAUUUAAGCGCUAUGAUAGAGAGGGUGACAGAAGCAGAUUUUAGUUUUGUUAUGUAUUAUGCUCCAUGGGAUGCAGAAAGUCAAGCUGUGCGUCAAGAAUUUGAAAUAGUUGCUCAAUAUUAUCAUUCACAGAUAUUUUUUGCUGCUAUUAAUUGCUGGCAUCCAAGCUCAGAAUGUAGAGCUCAGUAUAACAAAGUACAAAUCUACCCAGUACUGAUGCUUUAUCCUUCAAGGGAUUCUGGUAUAGAAUACAGAGGUAUACGUACAUGGUCAUAUAUGAUAAAAUUUCUUAAUACAGUUAUGAAUCCAAUUGUUAGGAUAACACAUAAAGAACAAUUAACAGAUUUACGUGUGAAUUAUAAUGCUGUGGUAGUAGGUUAUUUUAAUUUUACUCGGUUAGAUAAAACUCCUGGCUACAAAGAAUUUUAUAAAGCUGCUAUAAGAACAUUGGAAGAGGACCCUAAUAGAGAAUUGGCUUUUGCUGUUGUGACUAGUGCGUUAUCUAGUGAAACGGAAUAUAACAUCUACAAAUUUCCAUCUGCAAAUUUAUUUAUGUGGAGCAAGUCUCUAAGGUAUCCAGAAGACUCUGAAUGGACUUCCGAAAACAUAUUAAAUUGGAUUAGCAGUUCUAUUCAUCAACCAGUUCUAUGGCUGCAACCUCCUGGAGUAAAAGCAUUAACAUUAGCACCAUAUUUAAAGAAAGGGCCUGUACUUUUUCUUUUCACACCUCGUAAUCCUUUGCAUCCUGAAAAUUACAAUUUCAAUCUAAUCAGGGAGAUUGGACUCCAGUACUAUAAUUGUGCAGAUAAUGUCUUACCUAAGGAGAUAAUUCAGCGUCUCAGUUUCAAGCGUCGCAAUGCUAUUGCGAGGCAUUCGGAGCGAAAUACAUUUUGUGCAAAACUUUUGAAGGAAACCAAAAAUCAAACAAACAAUUUCACUACCAGCAUCUCGAUUCAAAAAUGGAUUAACGAUAGUUGCUGUGUCAAUGUUGUAAUGAACAAAUGUUCUUUAUGUGCAGAUAUUUUCAAAGUUCCAGCUGUACAUAAUCCACAGCAGACAUAUGAAAUCUGUUGUAACGAAGAUCCUACUACAAUAAAAUAUGAAGACAACCUUAAAUCCAGGAGAACAUCGGCGUCUUCUGCAAAUGAAGAGGAUGUACGAUCUGCAGACGUAGUAAAACAAGCAUAUUUAAGAUCUGAAUGUAAAAGAUGGAUAACAGGAAACAGAUAUCAUCAACCUGUAUUUCCACGAGAUAAUCUUGAACAUCCGAAUAUAAAUUUAACAAAGUCAGUGUGUAAAAUUAACAAAACCUUGACAUUAAUAGCAAUCGAUAGUUUACAUUAUUUUUACUUCGCGGAAGGCCUGGGCAUAGACCUUUUAAGUAGGAAGGAUAAGACCGCUGUUGUGAUAUUAGAUGUUGCUCAUGAGAGUCAAUAUGUCAUGCAGGAGGAUUUUAGUCGAUAUACACUUAUACAAUUUAUAAAUAAUUAUACCCAAGGCUUUUUACAACGCACAUUACGUUCUAAUAAUUCAAGACGUUUUGUGCAAAAAUUUAAGACUAAAGUUAGUUGCAAAACAAAGGACAUAAAAAGUGUGUGCGUACCAGAAUUGACAACUGAAACUUUCUUAGAUACUAUUUUAGAUCCAACAAAGGAUGUGGUCGUAAUGUACCACUCUCCUUAUUGUGCAUUUUGUAGCGCAAUAUUUUAUGUGUACUUAACAGUAGCUCAUUAUUUACGCGAAAUGGAUCAUCUUUUAUUCGUAAAAGUAGAUGGUGAUAAUAAUGAUUUACCAUGGGAAUAUAAUAUGAAUCGAUUCCCAUCUAUUCUUUUUUUUCCUGCCGAAAGAAAAGAGGAUAGCACGGUGUAUCCGUUUUCUCUGUCAGUUACAAUACCGAAUCUUGUGAAUUUUAUCUUAGCGAAUUUGGAUGGGGAUUCGCAUGUUGAAGCGCUUGUAAAUAUUUGCCAGUCUGGAGCCGGUAUAGUUCCAGAUGUGUGCAUCGCUCGAACUCGUUGGCUGUGUCUAGAUAUUAUUCAACAACUGCUUCGAGAUUAUCGAAAAUUAAUAAGACAUAUUACUCUAUUAGGGAGAUUAAGUGCUAGAAAUAAAAGAAAAGUCAUUUUACUGAAGUUGGCACACAUUAAAGAUAUACACUUAAUAUUAGGUUCCACUAUCGAUCUCAGAGAAGAUCAACACAAAGUAAAGCUUAUCAGACAAAAAUAUAGGAGAUAUUAUAAAAGUAUUAGGUCACUUGAGUUAGAUAGCAAAGUAAAUAGUACUCAAGUGGAAGAGUUACAUCAGGAACAAAAUGUUCUUGAAAGGAGAAUGAUUAAAAGUGAAUUGUGAUAUCGAUUUACAGAUAGAUAUAUUGCAAUGAAUGUUAUUUUACUUAAGUCCUUUUAUGAAUUUGUACUAAAUGUACAGUAUAUACCUCACAAAUCAUUUUAUGUUAUGAAUGUAAAAUAUGUCCAACUGAAUUAUAUAUGUCGCGCGCAAAUGAGUAUCACAACUUAUUUAAAUAUCUUUGCAUUGUUUUUAUGGAUUUGUUUUAGAAAAAUAUUUCUUUAUUACUUUGAAACAAAACAUUCCCUACUGAAUGUUGCAAAAAAUUGUGUAUACAAUUUUUUUCAUACACUUGUAAAAAAUGUAUAUUCAUAAUUUUUUAUUUAAACUUUUAUAACAAUUUUGCAAGGAAAGAUAUUUGUAACUGUCGUCCAAAUGAAGAUAGUAAGACAUUGAUAAGACUAUUUUUUCCAGUACAUUAUAAUUCUAUACAGGGAGUGUACGUACAUUAGAAUUAGUCACCUUUGAUUAAUAUUCAUGACGUUUAAUAUUAGAACAGAGAAAUAAAACAUACUACUGCGGAUGUGCAAUAGUAAGAAAAUAACAUAUGCAGUAAACUAUAACUUUCAAAUUUUGUGUUUAAAAAUGUAAUAUGUUUAGGCAAAAUUAAGUAAGCUCUAGCUCUCUGUGGGAUAUCAAUUUAAUUCUUCAUCUGGUAUUGUGUGAUUUGUGCAUACAUUUCCUAAAAAUGUGUGUAACUUGUACAUUUGUGUAAAUAUUGUUAUACAUUAUAAGAAUAAAUACUAUAUGUUGGUAUAUAUAAUGA